UUGAACGAUGUUUUUUGGGCGGGGAUGUCAUCCACACAAAGAAGUGAGAAUAUAAAUGCGUAUUUUAAUGGUUAUGUUCAUUCAAAAACGACCCUGAAACAAUUUGUAGGACAGUAUGAAAAUGCAUUGGGGAACAAGGUGGAAAGUGAAAAUCAUGCAGAUGCGAAAAGUUGGAACACUUUCAUCCCGUUAAUGACCGAAGAUGAGUUGGAGAAGCAAUUUCAAAGUGUUUACACCCAUGCAAAGGUUAAGGAGUUUCAGAAACAAUUUUUCAAUAAAAUUCACUGUUUUUGUGAUAAGCCGGCUAAAGUUGAUGAUAUCGGGUCUGAACAUGAGAUAAAUGAGUGGGUUACAUAUGGCGAAGGAGAAGAGAAAAAGAGAAUUCAAGUGGCAUUUACUGUUAAUUUCAAUGCUGAAACCAAUGAAACACAUUGUAAUUGUCGAUUGUUCGAGUCUAGAGGAAUGGUGUGUAAACAUCAACUAUUUGUGUGGCAUCAAAAGGGAAUUGAAAGAGUGCUUGACAAGUAUGUGUUGAGAAGAUGGUGUAAAAAUGUGAAAAGGAUCCACACAAAAGUUCGAAUCUGUUACGAUAAGUCGUCAACGUCAAUUGAAGCACGUCGGCAUGACAACAUGUGCAAUAUCUUUAAUGAAGUUGCUGAUUUAGCGGAAGAAUCUCAAGAAAAGUAUGAUAUGGUGAUGAAACGGGUACACGAGCUAAAACGAGAGCUGAUGGAAGCUUCUGUUGUUUGUGAAAGUAAUGUGGUUUCACUUGGUGAUGACACGGGAACUCGUAAAAGUUCUUUUUCACUUGUAGAUGGGGUUAUACCUCCUAAACAGAGCACGGACAUACUUGACCCGGAAGGUCUUCGACGAAAAGGGAGACCGCCGUGCAAAAGAAAGAUCGGUGCUGUGGAAAAAGCUGUUACGAAGAAAAGACAAACGUCUAAGAAGCCAUUGUCCAACGAAAAAUCCAAGGAGGUUGAGGAGAUUGCGGUUAGCCACCAUAUCGGGACACAAGAGAGUAUCGUAAAUGUAAAUGGCCACCCAAGCUACAUGGGACACUCAAUGUGGCCAAACAUGAUGCCCCAUCCCAUGCGACCAAAUAUGGCACAAGGUGGAAGCAUCUUCCCAUUUUCCCCAACUUUAUGCCCCACCGAAACAAGUUUGAACCAAUUUAUGCCUUAUUUUCCAAGUUCACAAAGCUUAUUAAAUGGUCAAGUUUGGAUGGGUCAAUCAAUUAUUGCGGGUAGUGAAGGUUGGGGAGGAGGACAAUCAGGUAUUUUGGAAGCUCAAGGUCAAUAUUGGAGAGGACCACAACCAAGUAUGCUAAAAAGUCAAUGGCAAGGAUGCGGAGGACAACAAAGUUAUAUGCAAAUGAUGAAUGCGCCGGAUAAUGUUGAAGAGUAGUUCACUUGCUUGUAUUGUUUUAUAUCGUGUCCUAUGUCUGUGUCCCCUUUU